AUGCCCUCCUCUUCAGCCCCACCCUUCCUCUACCUGAGCCUUCUCCUCUUCCUGUCACACCACCACCCUGUUCUCUCCUGUCAGACGGGGAGCCGCAGCGAAUGUGAGUCCACCCCCUUUGUACCGGGCCACAACUUGGUGGGGGAGGGCUUUGAUGUGGUCACCCUGCAGCGUAAAGGAGCCUACGUGUUUGACAUGAACACCUACCUCAACCCAGAUGGCACCUGCAAACUCUGCCCUAACCCUCUUCAGGGCGGCAAGCUGCAGAAAGUGCCACUCUCUACCUCGAGCUGGCGUGUGUUCAGCCAGUGCAAUACUGAAAUCUUAAGCAGUGCACACACCUCUGUUAGCUCAUUGAUGGACACUUACACCGCCCUGGUCAGUAGUGACUGGCAGGUUGGUUUGGAUAUAGAUGAGUUUGUCACCGACAACCUGGUGGGAGGAACGCGCUCCCGUGUGUUUAACUUUACACAAGAAAGGACCAGAGAGGACCGCUACUUCUUCAGCACUCACAGGGUCAGCUGCAGCCAUUAUCGUCACCGUGUGGCAGGCAUUACACACCUCAGCCCAGAGUUCAGGCAGGAUUUGUCCAGACUGCCACUUCGCUACAACUCCAUCACCAGGCCUCAGUACAGGGAGCUCAUAAAUACCUAUGGCACACACUACAUCCGCCAGGGUUACCUUGGGGGGCGACUCAGGCGAAUCACAGCUAUACGUACCUGUUUGUCCACACUGAAUGAGCUUUCCCCAAAUGAGGUCUAUUCCUGCUUAUCACUGGGUGUCUCCGUAGGCCUGGGAAUGAUAUCUAAUAACGAACAGUCUUGCAGUAAAGUCCUACAGAACCAGGGCAUCUCCACCGCAUACAACUCAGAUCUAUACCAACACAACACAGUGUUGGCAGGAGGCACUGGUUGGUCGGGGCAGUUUUCACUCACUCACAAUGACUCACUGGGUUAUGUGAAUUGGCUGAACACCCUUAAGGACAAUCCAGAUGUUGUCUCAUACUCCCUUAGACCAAUGUAUGAUCUGAUCCAGAAUGAUACGCAGAAGGCAGAGAUGAAAACUGCCAUAGAGGAGUACUUAAAAGAAAAUGCUGUGACGAUCUUAAACAAAGAACCAGACUGUGGGAGCCAAAAUCCCAACCUGGCUUCCAACUGCUGUCCUAAAAAGACUAAGAUCGGAAACCUGUCUGUGACCAUCAUCAGAGCCUGGGAUCUCAAAGGAGAUUUCCUCGGCAAGACUGAAAGCUUUGCUAUGAUGUGGUACGGCAGCAUCUAUCGUGAGACUCGUGUGAUUAAGUCAAACAACCCCAAGUGGAACAAAAGUUUUAAUCUGGGCAAGGUGGGCACACACUUGGAUUUGAAAGUCGAAGUCUGGGACAGGGACAUGGGAAGGGAUGACAGACUGGGAUCAUGUUCGUUGUUCCUGACCCCGGGGACACACAAACACUCCUGUCCAGCCAAGAAUGGUGGUUUUGAGUUUCAGUAUACUCUGACCUGCGACCCUUAUUUGACUGGGCAGGGCUGCAGCAGUUACCUGCCAACUCCAUUGGGGGGAAAUGCAUUUUGA